CGCUGGGCGGGGUAGGGGCAUACGGGCCGGGGGCGAGCAGGGGCGGCUCGUCCCGGACGCUGAGGGCAAAGUCGGUACCGCCGGAGGAGCGGGGCCCAGCGGCUGCAGGGGCACCUGGCAAUAGGUGUGAGGUGAUCUAGCCUGGCUGUCACCGUAGGCCAGCUCCCCAGUGUCUGAUGAUGAGUUUGACCCCCUCCAGGGGAUGCCUCCUGGACCUGCCCUGGGAAGACAUCUUGGUCCCACAUAUCCUCUGUCAUCUACCGCUGCAGCAGCUCCUGAGCCUGCAGAGGGUCAGCAAGUCAUUCCAGUCUCUCGUCCAACUGUACCUGGCCAACAUGCGCUGCUUUGACUCAAGCCAGAUCGGACCUGCCAUCCCUCGAGCUGCUUUCAUUAACCUGCUGAAGGACAACGAAGUACUGCAGCAGCUGGCACUCCAGAACUGCUCUGACUGGCUGACAGACAGGGAGCUGCUCCCAGUCAUCGGGCAGAACCACCACCUGCACCAGAUCCAGCUGAAGGGCUGUGCCCAGCUCAGCCGCCAUGCACUGGUGGCCAUCUCACUGAGCUGUCCCAACCUGCGCCGGCUCUCCUUGGCUCACUGCGAGUGGGUGGACAGCCUGUCCCUGCGCAGCCUGGCUGACCAUUGCAAGGCACUGGAGGCUGUGGACCUGACAGCCUGUCGCCAGCUGAAGGAUGAGGCCAUCUGCUACUUGGUGCAGAAGUGCAGCAGGCUCAAGUCUCUGUCACUGGCUGUCAAUGCCAAUGUGGGCGACGUGGCAGUCGAGGAGAUUGCCAAGUGCUGUCCUGAGCUGGAGCAUCUGGACCUCACGGGUUGUCUACGCGUCAAGAAUGAUUCCAUCAGGGUCCUGGCCGAGUACUGUCCUAAGCUGCGCUCACUGAAGGUGAAGCAUUGUCACAACGUGGCUGAAUCCAGCCUGAGCAUCCUCCGAAGCCGUGGGGUGGAGCUGGAUGUGGAGCCUCCACUGCAGAGGGCGCUCGUUCUCCUGCAGGACGUGGUUGGCUUUGCCCCUUUCAUCAACCUCCAGAUCUAGAACUGCUGCUGCUGGGGAGGGAGGGACUGAUGUGACACUGGGAUCCCGGGAGGAUGCCGGACCAACUGCUGUGGAGACAUGCAGAGGGAGAGGUUGGUCCCGUUGGUGAGGCUGGCCUGAGUGGGGCUCGCUCUUUCCUCUGGCGCUGUUUAGCAGUCACUGGGUGUUCGUGGGUGGGCUUUGUUGGUGCCUCUGGGAAAAGUAACUCCCUCUGUAGUGGCGUGGAGAGAGCGAGUGACUUGCUGGAACACCGUGGUGCUGAACAGGCCUUGGCCAGGCCAGCUAAUGGAUAGGUUUUAUUAUUUGUUGCAUUUUAAAUCUCUAAGCAGCAGCAGUCCAGAGAGCAGGAGAGUGUUUGAUGGGGGCUGUUUCCUGGGGUGGGUGUGCAGGGCAUGCCAACAGAGCUGUGGAACAAACCAGGCCAGCUGGAGCAGAAAGGAGAAAAGUCACCAGCCCUCCUCCUGGGAGAGGGCAGGCCCUUCUAGGCUCUGGGAGGAGGGCAGAGUGAGUCCAGCUUCAGCCUAUGGCCACUGGCUAGCCUGGCAUUGCCCCGGUGCAGGAAGUGUGUUUGUCCAGGCCUAGGGCACUGGUUUAGGCUAGUGUAAGGUGGGAGUCAUUUCUGGGGGGGAACAUGCUCCUAACUGCAUUUUCAUUGACAAAACACCACCAAACCUAGCUGUGCUGUCACUGUCGGUUGGUGCUAUUCAUUACUUCCAGCUUCCAACUUAACAUUUCAGUAGUGCCCAGGUCUGCUACUGCAUCCUGCUCCAUGUCGCAUGGCUGGAGCUUUGGCAUUUAACAGUGGUGAGAAAUGGCAGGAGCCCUGACCAUGCUGUCAGCUGGAGUUUAUGGAGUGCUGCAGGCUGUGUUGGCAGGGAGAGCCUUACUGGUCUGGAGUUCAGCCAUGGUCCUUGUGUCGGCUAAGUGGUU